UCCAGUUGCGAUUGUAUGCUUGUUUGGUUUUCAGCAGGUUCGGGCGUUCGGCAUAUAGGCGGGCUGUACAAAGCAAAAACACUCCUCUCAGUUGUCGUCUCGCUCCUCUGUACGCGGGGGAUUAGCUAGGGUUUAACGGACCGCGAGAGCACCAUGACGGCCACAACCGCAGCGGCGGAGGUGGAUGCGGAGGUCAGGGGCAUCCUAGAGCGGGUCGCGGCGGACUCCUUCCCACCGCUCCACGCCGUCCACCACCUCCUCUCCGUCGGGGUUUGCGUGCCAUGCACCUUUCGCAUGUUUGGAGCAUUCAGCCAUGUCUGCUCAUGCACGUCUCUUACGGCAUCAGUUUUGCAUUCAUUUCUUGAAGAUCAUGAUGAUUCAGCAAAAGGUGGGCCUUGCUCAUGUUUGUCAACGGAUGAGGCAUGCUGCUCUGUUUGCUUUGGAGUAUUGCUACCCACCUGCCAUCAAGAUGAUGGUGUAGUAUCGUUCAAUGGCAUUUCUCCUAUCGACAGAAUUACUUCAAUGGUAUUUCAAGCAGUCCAAAGAGAGAGUUAUCAACUUGAUGAGUUUUUUCUUGAAAUUUCACUGCCUGCAGUUGUAGCAGCUAAUGAACGUGCCAUCAGGUUACAUAUGAAAGAAAAAUAUGGCAACGAAAAUUGGUUCAAGGACAAAAUAUUUUCUCAACAAACCAUGUCAGUGAAGGAAGCCCUGAGACUAUUGUUAGUGCCAUCACUCGAGAAGAAACUGGAUGUUAAACAUGGUAACAAUUCAUUUCGAAUUCGCUUAACAUAUACUCACGACGAUGCUUCACGGAAGCUCAAAAGUUUAUUGCCAAAUGACCGUAAUCGUAAAAGAAAAACAGAGUCAAGAGAAGGAACUGAUACUAGAAGGAAUUCAACAUAUGAAGAUAACCAGAUAUUAAGUGAAACAGAUUCAUUCAUCCACAAGACCCUUGAGUGUAUUCAAGAUCAGGAGUUCUGUAGUUUAUUUCAGCUCCCUCCUGAAAAGGUGUUCAAACCUUGCCAUCUUGUAAUAUCCUGCCUAAGAUCGCCCAUAUAUAUUGGUGGAAGAUACUUGAAGCUUUCAAGAAAUGUGAGUCAGUCAUGUUGGAUAAUUGAUGAUGAAAGAAUGGGGGAAGCAUCAGUUGAGGAGAUAAUUGGAGAGGAUGUACGUACCAUCUGCAGAGGUGAUGGCUGCAAAUUUCAUGCUGCUGGAAGAGAAGAUAUCGAUGUACGGAUGCUUGGAUCUGGUCGUCCGUUUCUAAUUGAAGUAUUGAAUGCGCGAUCUAUUCCAUCUGCAAUUGAAGUUGAACAAAUUGCUGAGAAGAUUAAUAGCUCCGAAAAGAAAUAUGUCAGAGUUAGGAAUCUGAAGUUGGUAGACCGUGAAAUAUGGUCCAUGAUGCGGGAAGGAGAAGCGGAGAAGCAGAAGCAGUAUGCCGCCCUCAUAUGGACUUCUAGAUCUCUGACGGAUGUUGACCUGCAGAAAAUUUCGGGUGUUAAUGAUAUGGCAGCGGGGAAUAAGCCUGUGAAGAUACGAUACGAACUUAGCCUUGAUUUCCUUUUGUCUUCUGUCCCAGGAUUGAUGUUCUUCCUGAGCACAUCCAUGCAUUUGUUCAGGCAGGAAAUUGUGCAAAAUACCCCGAUAAGGGUUCUUCAUCGAAGAAGCCCAUUAGAGCGGAAACGGAUAAUACAUUGGAUGGAGAUUGAGAAAGUUGAGGGAAGCUCCAAUUACUAUUUGUUGCAUCUAUGCACUCAGGCUGGAACAUACAUUAAGGAGUUUGUGCACGGCGAUCUUGGACGCACACAUCCUAGUAUUGGUGCCAUAUUAGGUUGCAGAGCCGAGAUACUGCAACUCGAUGUCACUGACGUUAAGAUGGACUUACUGCAGUAGUAUGCAGUAGUAUGCUGCUGCUACAUUAUAUCAUUCGCCACAACUACUGUUUGUAGAGAAGGCGUACUGAUAAACCAAGAUUCUUGCAGAAGAAGUGCUCUGAUAGAAAGUGCGCGAAGGAUGAUUAAUUACUCUCCUCAUCGAGCGUGUAAAGUAUGUCAAUUGGAAAAUGUAGACCAAGGCAAAGAGCAGCAAUUUUGAGAACAAAAACUGAGGAAUUAAUCCAUUCAACUCCAAUGCAACCUUAUUUUCGUUCGUUAACUUUGCAGUCUCGUCACAGAUGUAGCUUGUGAUCUCGCCUAAAACAGGUUAGUUUUGAAGCUGACGGCCAGUGUCCAAUCUAUGCCUCCAUUUUGGUUUA